UGUCGGCUGAUUGCGCACACUGCUGGAGAGCCGAGGUUUAAUUCCUGCUGCGGUUUCUUCUCAGCCUGAGGACUUCUCUCUGCAAACAUGAGCACCGGAGCAGGAACCCCGUACAUCGGCAGCAAAAUCAGUCUGAUAUCCAAGGCGCAGAUCCGCUACGAAGGAAUUCUGUCCUCCGUCGACACAGACCGGUCCACAGUCGCUUUGGCCAAAGUGAAAUCCUACGGGACAGAGGACAGACACACUAACCGACCAGUGCCACCAAAAGACGAAAUUUAUGAAUACAUCAUUUUCAGGGGAAGUGAUAUCAAGGAUAUCACUGUGUCCGAGCCACCGAAAUCACACCAUGGACUGCCCCGUGACCCUGCCAUUGUGCAGUCAUCCAUUGGCGGCUCCUCUGCAGCGUAUCACCCGCGAUGGAGUCCAUACAGGGACAUGAUGCCCACCUACAACCAGCUGGCAGCUAGUUCUCUACUCAACCAGCAGUACAAUGCAGCACUAGGCCUAGUACCAGGACUCCAUGGCAUCCCUGUCAGAAGAGCCCCCAUGGUCGAGCAGGCCGUCCAGACCGUGCCACUGGUCAGUGCUGCCCAGAAAAGAGGAAAAGCUUCAACCCAGCCUCUGAGCAGACAGCCUGUUCGCCCAACCCAACUCUCCGGUUCCCAGCUUCAGAAGGAGAAUGUACCCACCAAGCGGGCACCAUCCCAGCCAACUGCAGCCAAGAUUCAAAGCCAACCUACAGAGAACCAGAAGCCAAGGCAAAAACAAGGCAGUCGCAGGUCCAGGAAUCGAAGCAGAGGCCAACUUAUUGUUAAAAACUCCAAGGCUACAACUCUGCAGUUUGACUCUGACUUUGAUUUUGAAACUGCAAACGCUCAGUUUAAAGAUGAUCUUACAAAGGAGAUUGUAGUUGAGAAGGUGGAGACUGAAGAGGCCCCAGAAACUCCGGCUAUGGAGGCGGAAACUACUGCUGAUAAAUACUACGACAAAACCAAAUGCUUCUUUGACAACAUCUCCUCAGACCUGAAGCCCAGGAGAACAACAUGGGCAGAGGAGAAGAAGUUGAACAUGGAAACAUUUGGAGUGCCCGGCCGCUUCCUGAGAGGCAGGGGAUUUAGAGGCCGAGGGAACCGGGGCCAGAGUGCCACUGAGCAGCGACCCCUCCCAAAAGUUGGCAGUGGGAGAGUGUAAAGGCUUUUCUUUGUCUUUUUCUUCCAAAUUUCUGUAAAUAAUAUUGUAGUUUUCUACUAAUCAAAAAGUACCUCCCUAUUUUCCCCCUUUUUUGAAGCACUAGUAGCAAUUUUUUUUUCUCGUUAUCCCCAAUGUACUUUGAACCCUUGUAUGAAAUGGAAGAGUAAUUUAUUUUUAAUCCAGCAGCUGUGCACUAAAAGCAAAUGUAUUCAUUGGUAGUUGGUUUGGAAGCAUGCAACGUGCACUUUAUUUGAACAGGCCAGCAGACAUGCAUUUAAUUCCUUUUUUUUACUAAAUGUAUUGAAUGUCUCUGACCUGACUCCAAAUGUAACUCCAGACUGUUCUGAGGACUGAAAGCUGGAUGGACAGACAGCUGUGCUUCAUUUUUCUUCUUUUUUUUUUCUUGUAAAAAUAAACUGUGGAGAAAUUAACAGUUGCUAUUAAAUAACAAACUUAACAGAC